AUGGCAGGUGUUGUCAAUGUCCUGAGUUCAGGUCUGCUACAUCUUGGUGUUGCCACAUCGGUUGUGAUUUUCAGUCUAUUCAUUUUCUUUAAAUAUCUCUACAAAAGAGGAGCUCCUGAUUCCCCACUGAAAAGUUCUCAGAAGAAGAACACGAACAAGAAAGGAGAAGGGAAGUCUAACCACCAGGCAGCUAAAGUGCCUGUAACGAUUGAAGAGGAUGAUUGGGUAAAGGUUAAGCCCACUAAAUUGCAAUCGGGUCAAUCUCCUACCAAAGAAACUGCUAAGGCAGGGGCAAAAAACAAGAAGUCUGAUAACCAGCCUAAGAAGUCCCAAAAACAACAAAAUAAAAAGGCUGAGAAGUCUCCCAAAACAGAACAUAGAGAUGAGGAAAUUCUUUUAACUCCCCUCCUCUAUGCUGUCUUUAAAGCUAUUGUUUUUGCUGUAUAUUUCCUUCAUCCAGCAUUGCUUCUUUCUAAACCAACUGUACACAGUCAUUUACACUCAAAUUUCUUAGAUGUGUACAGCGUCUGCGUAUUGAGGUUUGGUAACAUUUCAAGUUUAUCAAUAAUGUACUUGUGUUAUCCAGUACGAGGUAUAUCAGCAGUACAUAAUUCUGGGUAUUUCAAUGUAACAUUAAGUUUUGUGAGAAUUUUGAGCCUAUUUGGCUACCAUAUUGGUUACGCCCAUUUACAUCGUUUGACUGGUUAUACAAAUAGUUCACGGAGGCUGGGUAAAGGAAAGCUCGGUGGAAAAGAUUCAUUAUUGGAACAUAAAUGCAUUAUUGCACUGAUGAAUUGGGUUGACAAAUGUGGUUUGCAAAACUACACCGAUGUACCAUUUCAUAGUUCUCUGAUUUGGAUUCCUUUAGUAGCACUUCAAUUGAGUGAUUUCAACGUGAUUGAAUCUUCUUCAAAAACUUCUUUUGAUGUGGAUGACUUACUACCAGUAUCUGAUUGUUCAUAA